AACUGGAACCACCAGAGCUGCUAAGGGACAUGAAAGGCAAAUAAACACUCCCACCUUCCAGCAAAGCAAACCCAGCCAAGCCUGCAAGCUGCUCCUUAUGGUGAAAUGUGCUAGAGAACUCACCCAGGAAUCGAAACAAGGACCGCAUUUCAAAGAUGGGGAAUGAAUUAUCAGCUACAGAAAAUGCAGAGGGCAUUGAGGGCGAGGCUUCUGAAAUACAGGCCGAGCCUAUUGCUGGGAAGCUUCAGAAAGGAGGUGCACAUCUGCAGCCCAUUGAAAUUUCAGUGAGCAACGAUGUUGCUGACUGUAAAGCAGAUGUCAAACAGAACACAGAGCUCUCCUUAUCACAGAAGACAAUGGAGAUGAGUUCCAGUUCUGUGCAGGAUGGGAACAAUGCAGGGAAGAACGCCAAGAAGAUAAUGCCAGCUGCCAAGUCUAGUUUCCCACUGUCAUUCUCCAAACCAGUACCAGUCCGUUCUGAAGCCCCCACUGCCAAUGAUUCAUCACCAUCAGAGCCGGCCAAGUGUUCCAGCGGCCCAGAAAACCCUCCUGCAAACCAGUUCACAGCAAAGAAGACUGUGCAUCCCCAACUGUCUGCCCCAGAGCGAGAGUCAGUCAAGGUAGAAGAGAGUCCCCCGAGCCAGUCCUUGCUUCUUGAUGUGCCCUUGAAAGAAUCUAAAGAAGCUCCAAAGCCUAAAGAGAUCAGCUUCUUUGACAAACUGUUUAAAACGUCCGACAAAGAGAAGGAAAGCAGCAAACCUGUGGAUGAAACCCAAUCAGAGUUGAACACUGCGGACAGCAAAGGGCCAGCUGCUACUGGGACGGUCAAUGAAGUGGUUCAAGUACAACUGAACAAUGUGCAGAGGACUGAGCCUGGAGAAGGCAGCAACAUUUCUGUAAGGCUUCAGAAUCCCCAGAGUGAGGCUACCGAUAGAAUCAGUGACUCCCCUGAGGAUACAGAAAGCGACCAGGACAGUUCAGGAGACGUGGCUGCCUCAGAAGACAAUCCAGUCAUGAAUUUUUUUAAAACCCUUGUUUCUCCAAGUAAAUCAUCCAAAUCUGAUUCUGAAUCUCAAGUUUCUCCAAAAGAAAAGAAAAAAGAGGUAGACUCUAAGGAAGCGAUGGCCGAGAAAGAGCAGAAAGCAGCAAAAGUGGAAAAGGGGCAAGCUGGCCUGUCUGUCGCUCAACAGCCUUCAGCUAAACCAGAAACACAGCCUGCAAAAGAGCAAGAGCCUCCAGGGAAACAGAAGACAGACAAGGAGUCCUCACCCAGUCCAUUCAGUAAGCUUUUCAGGCAAAAGUCCACGAAGGAGGGGUCACAGGCGGCUGAUACCAAAGCAAAUCAGGGAGAGCAGGAAGCAGAAGCAGCCCCAGAUGUAAAAGCUGUGAAAGCAGUUCCGUCACAGUCUGCCAAAGGGGAGAGCAAAGGGAUAGAGUCAGCAGCCAAAUCCCAGAAGAGUGGCCAGGCCGAGGGGCAGCAGGAAGGACAGGAGGCUCAGACACAGCAGAAACCAGCUAAAGAAGCCACAGCCAGCCCCUUCAGCAAACUCUUUAAACAAAAGACAGUAGAGGAAUCACAGACUGCAGAUGCAAAGGUUGAAGUUGACGCUCCAGCAACCGUGACUGUCACUUCAAAUACUAAAACAGCAGAUAACUCAGCUACAGCAGCCAAGAAAGAAGAUGAGAGCAAACCUGCCAAAUCAUCCUUCAUGUCUUUCUUUAAACAGCUGUCGAUCAGAGAGGAGGAAAAAGUUGCUUUGGAAGUAAAUGGAAAGGAUUCGGAGCAGACAGGACUGGAUUCCAAAAGCAAAGCCACGGCGCAGGAGAAGCCGAGCGCAGUCCCAGAAGCAGAGGAGAAAGCCCCCCCGCCCGAGGUUAGCAAGAAGAAGAGUGGGAAGCAGGAGAGCCUGCAGAAGCCCAAAGCCCUGGAGGCUUCCCAGGACAGCAAGUCCCUCUCGGAGGCGUCCCAGAACGGGGAGGAGAUCACUAAGGACACCCCCAGGAGGCUGGAGAAGAGACCGUCCAUUGGAGGCUUCUUCAAAGGCUUGAGUUCUAAAAGGAUGUCGGAUGUUGGGGUACAAACAGACCCUGUGUGCAUUUCUCCCGCUCAGAAAUCAAAGUGAGGAGAACCCAGGGAGCUGCUGAGAAAACCCCAAGAGCAUGCAGACUGUGAACUGAAUCUGUGCUGUGCACAUCUUUACUGUAUCAGAUGACCACUGAAGUCAAUAAGCAGCAGGGUUAAAGGGAUGUGAUUGUCGGAUGAUAAACGCAGGAUGCGGUUCAUUUUUAAAAAAAGAGGAAGAGAGAGUGUUUUUUGAAAAGGUAAAAAAAUAUGAUUGUCUCAAAAGAAAUGCAGUUGAUUGGUGGUCUUGAUGUUGAAAUUGAUGGGCACACAAUUAUAAUCAAAUAUAAAACAAUUGAUUUGGGGGGGGGUUAAUUCAUUUUUAAUUCUAUUAACAUUUUCACAUAAGUCUAGUUAAAAUAAGAAAAGUAACAAUGUGAAGAAAUCGUUUUAUUCUUUUUUUAUCUCUGAUAUAGCAAAUAAGUUAUUAGUUUUGUUAUAUAUUCUGUAUCACAUUCAUUUGCAAAAAAGUGUAACAAAAGCAGUGAAAUAGGUGCAGUUCUGAGUUGUGUUUUUAUUUUCAUUACAAAAUGAGACUUGUUUGUAAUGCUCUUUUAAACGGUCUCAGAAAAUGAAUAGUUAUAUCGCACUUCAGCUAACCUAAAUAAAAUGCUAAGUUGUAGUGCAGCUGGUUAUUUACAGUAAUAUAAAAAACACUCUUGAUGUAUUUUGAGUCUUUCUUUUAGAUUUGGCAUGUGGCUGAAGGAAACGCAAAUGAGCAGUACAACUCAAAUGAAAUGACACUAAAAGUGAUUACUUGUAACUGUCUUUCAAUACAAUGUCAUAUCACUAGUAAACAGGUGUGAGUAAUCAAUUCAUUGAGCGUAGAUCAGAUUAUUAAUUGAUCAAUAUAAAAUGUCAAGAAUAAAAAUAUAUAUACAUAUUUGCUUUAUUAUUCAAAAGUAAGAUCUAAAAAUACUGUGGAUUAUAUAGGGCACCAUGGUGAUUAAUCAAUUAAUGCUUAAUUGACUCUUGUGAAAUAAAACCUACGGCGAUCAAUAAUUAUCAGUACAUUGUUGCAUCUCUACCAAACACUUAGUGGUGGUCGUGAGAGAGGUGAUGAGCCAGAACGACAGGGAGUUACGCAGUACUGAGGAGCUUGGAAACAUGUCCGGCACACAAGAACUUCAGCACACACUGGGUAGUUAUUGCCUGUUCUGCUGUUCCUUCCUCACAUCCACGUUCUUCAAUAGCUGCUCUGGAAUGAAUAUUUGAUUGAAAAAGAAACUGUGGUUUCAUCAAAGAAUCCACAGUAAACGAUGCACUAAUUGCAAGACCUCUAAAUACAGCAUUGAAUAGGAAGUCUGUUGCAAUCUGGCAUUCGAGAGGGGAAGCUAGUUUUCCCAAAGAUUUUCAUAAAGUGGAACAAUUCUUACCACAGCCUUCUAAAGUUGGAAUGGGCUAGUUUAAGUGCAUGAUUUGUUGCUACAGUUCUACCAUGUUGUACAAUGUUUUCAAUUCUAAGGUAUGAGGGGCAAAACUACAGCCCUCCAAUACUUUUGAUACAGUGCUGAUAGUAGGUUGGCGUCCAUAUCUAAGACUGCACAAAUUACUGAUGGAAAAGUGAUAAGAAACAUACACCUUUUUUAUGAUCUCAGUGAUUAUGACAUUCUAAAUAAAACCAGCUUGUAAUUCCAUUUCUGUCACAUCCUCCCACUAUCUUUUAGUAAUCACUGAAGUGGCCUUUUUUUCUAGUUUAUAUGACUUGGAACUAAAAUGUGUCUGAUUGGUUUCCAAUACUAGAGGCUGUGAGCAGGAAAAUAUAUCACAGAUAUCACAGGUGUUUGUUUUUUUAAUGCAAAUAAUGUAAUUCUAGGUAACCUGACCUUUAAAUUACCUGCAGGGCUCGGUUCAAGGUUGGCCUACCUCUAGUUUUCUCAGAUCAUUGUAAAGAUCUCCUAGUCAAUGAGGAUUUCUACUACCUGUGCACCAACGGCAUCUUCUUUAUCUGAUCACUUGAAAAGUAAUAGGUUUGUGAUGCGCAAGCUGCACACCUGCUAAAGGUAUGACCUUGUGAAGUAGGGCGUAGCUGUGGCGAAGGGACUUCAUUGGACACUCCUAACUGGGGAGAAAAACGGGCAACAUUUUUUUUUUUUAAACGGUAAUGGGUUUAGAUAGUCUCUUCUCAUCUUUUUGUAAUCUGAGGAGCUGCUUGUUUCGGGUGUCAUGCCGUUUGUUCAAGAUAAUAAAAAACAGACUAGAAUAGCAGCUACCCAUCUUGAAUAGCUGGUACAGCACAAUUGGUUAAUAAGACUCCCGUCUUCCAUAAUAAGAAAGUGUCGAAGUGCUGGAAGUCAUUAUUCACACAUGUUUGCACUGGGCUCCAGUUGUAGUAGUAAACUUAAAUAAAUAUAUAGAUAGAUAGAUAAAAAGCACAAUCAUGUGGCACCACAAUGUAUAUGAUAUGUUAUUAAAGGUUACUAUAUGUGUCAUUUUAAAUGAAUCCAUAUUCAAACCAUUAUUGUUCUUGAUUUGGCUUGGAUUGAAGCAAUGCAAUUUGUCAUUUAAAGUGACUGGGUUAAACGACUUUAAAACUACAAAAUAAGAAAGUUAAUAAUGAUUUGGUGAUUAGUCUCUGAGUAUUAACUAGCUUCCAUCUCUUAAAUAUUAUAUCAAUAUGUUGGUAACCAAACACAUUAGCCUUGUACUGUACUUGCAAAGAAAUACAACAUAUAUUAAGUGCAGUUUACAUAUGCUUCCACUAGGGGGAGACUUCAGGAACGUCAGUUGACUCCAUUGGCAAUUUUGAGAGGGCAGACAUGUCAUCAGGGAAGUUAGAAACCUCCAGCAUAAAUAUGUACAUAGUUUUAAUUGCAACUGUUAUAAAUAUUUCAUAUUGCAUGGUGUAAAGAAAUAAUAUAUAUGUUUACUGUAACUAAGCAGGUGAGUUACAAGCCCCAUGUUAUUUCCAUGUACCUUGGAAACAUUCAAUUAAGCCUUCCAGAGGUAAGGUAUAUACAGUCCACACCCCCUUGAACUUUUUUCACAUUUUGUUGUGUCAGUGCCUCAGAGUUUCAUGCAUUUAAAUGAGGUUUUUUU